GCGGCUCCGCGCGGCCGGCCCCGAGCGCGUCCCUUAUCGCAGACAGGCACCGGGGAUCGCAUCAUUAUCAUGGGCACUGUUUGCUUUUCGCGGCGCUGCUGUUUGCUUUUCGCUCUCGCCUGGGCCGGCAGGUUGGCGGGAGGCAGCGGGGGCGCAGAUGUUGACGAGUGUGCAGAAGCUACAGAUGACUGUCACAUCGAUGCAAUUUGUCAAAACACACCAAAAUCCUACAAAUGCAUCUGCAAGCCGGGCUACAAAGGGGAAGGGAAGCAGUGUGAAGAUAUCGAUGAGUGUGAAAAUGACUUCUACAAUGGGGGUUGUGUCCACGAGUGUAUCAACAUUCCAGGCAACUACAGGUGUACAUGCUAUGAUGGAUUCAUGUUAGCCCACGAUGGCCACAACUGUCUUGAUGUCGAUGAGUGUCUGGAUAACAAUGGAGGCUGCCAGCAGAUUUGUGUAAAUACUAUGGGCAGCUACGAAUGUCAGUGCAAAGAGGGUUUUUUUCUGAGUGAUAACCAGCACACCUGCAUUCAUCGCUCCAUUGAGGGUAUGAACUGUAUGAACAAAGAUCAUGGGUGUGCACACAUCUGCCGGGAGACACCCAAAGGUGGGGUUGCCUGUGAAUGUAGACCUGGCUUUGAACUUGCCAAAAACCAGAAGGACUGCAAAUUAACCUGUAACUAUGGGAAUGGAGGCUGCCAACACACCUGUGAUGACACAGAUACUGGUCCUGUGUGUGGCUGUCAUCAGAAGUAUGCCCUGCACUCAGAUGGCCGAACCUGCAUCGAGAAGGAUGAGGCUGCAAUUGAGAGUUCUGAGUACAAUGCCACGUCAGUAGCUGAUGUGGACAAGCGGGUGAAACGGCGGCUACUUAUGGAAACAUGUGCUGUCAAUAACGGAGGCUGUGAUCGGACUUGCAAGGAUACCGCGACAGGGGUACGGUGCAGUUGCCCAGUUGGAUUUACCCUGCAGCCUGAUGGGAAAACGUGCAAAGAUAUUGAUGAGUGUUUGGUAAACAAUGGUGGCUGUGACCAUUUCUGCCGAAACACGGUUGGCAGCUUUGAGUGCAGCUGCCAGAAAGGAUAUAAACUGCUCACAGAUGAAAGGACCUGCCAAGAUAUAGAUGAGUGUUCCUUUGAAAGGACCUGUGACCACACCUGCAUCAACUACCCUGGAAGCUUUGAGUGUCUCUGCCACAAAGGCUACACCUUGUAUGGACUGACACACUGUGGAGAUAUUGAUGAAUGCAGCAUCAGCAAUGGUAGCUGUGACUUUGGGUGUCUUAAUACCAUGGGGAGCUAUGAAUGUGUCUGCCCACCUGGAAAGAAGCUGCACUGGAAUAAAAAGGACUGUGUUGAGAUGGUGAAAUGUCUCCCGAAUGCCAAACCAGCUCCCAAGGCUCAGCUGGUAUGCAGUAAGACAGGAGGCAUAGAGAGCUGCUUCCUCUCAUGCCCAUCCAAUACUCUUUUUGUUCCAGACUCGGAGAACAGCUACACCCUGAGCUGCGGUGUCCCCAUGCAGCACGGCAAGGCGCAGCCCAGGCGCAACUCCACCCUGCCCAGCUGCUCAGAUUCCUUAGCCCCUCCAAUCAAGCAGAAAGCUCGUUUUAAAAUCAAAGAUGCAAAAUGCCAUUUACGGCCUCGAAGCAAAGAAAAAGCAAAAGAUUCUGGGAAACAGGCUGUUUCAGGAGCUCAGUUCCCCUGCACAGACAACUGCCAGGUGACCUUUGUGAAUCUCAAGUGCGAUUCCUCCAAGAAAAAACGCCGAGGCCGCAAGUCACCAUCAAAAGAAGUGUCCCAUAUCACUGCAGAGUUUGAAGUGGAGAUGAAGUCUGAAGAAGUCUCAGACACCUGUAACAUUGACUGUGUUCGGAAAAGGAUGGAGCAGAAGCUGCAAACUGCAAUCAAAACAUUGAGGAAAUCUAUUAAUAAACAGCAAUUUUACAUUCAGUUUUCUGGGACAGAAUAUGAAGUGGCUCAGAAGCCAGCUAAAGCUACUGAAGGGCAUGAAGCAUGCAGUACAGGGCAAGUACUGCAGGAUGGAAAAUGUGUUACCUGCAGCACGGGCACCUUUUAUAGCGGGGAGCACAACCAGUGCGUUCCGUGCUCGCCAGGAACGUACCAGGACACGGAAGGGCAGCUCACCUGCGAGCCCUGCCCCAGCAACGACGGCCAGGGAGUCGCGGGCGCCCGCAACGUCUCAGAAUGUGGAGGGCAGUGUUCUCCUGGGCACUACUCUUCAGAUGGUUUUAAACCAUGUACAGUCUGUCCUCUUGGUACAUAUCAGCCUGAACCAGGAAGAACCCUCUGCUUUCCCUGUGGCGGUGGGCUUGUGACCAAAUAUGAAGGUGCUGUUUCCUUUCAAGACUGUGAAACCAAAGUUCACUGUUCUCCUGGACACUACUACAACUCCACAACACACAGAUGUAUCCGGUGCCCUGUGGGAACAUACCAGCCUGAGUUUGGUCAGAACUACUGCAUCACCUGCCCUGGCAACACCAGUACAGAUUUUGAUGGCUCCACCAAUGUCACACAUUGCAAAAACCAGCACUGUGGAGGAGAACUGGGGGACUACACUGGCUACAUUGAAUCACCCAACUAUCCUGGAGACUACCCAGCUAAUGUGGAAUGCAUCUGGAAUAUAAAUCCACCCCCAAAGAGAAGAAUACUCAUCGUAGUACCUGAGAUAUUUCUCCCAAUUGAAGAUGAAUGUGGUGAUGUUUUAGUAAUGAGAAAAAGUGCUUCUCCUACUUCAAUUACUACAUAUGAAACAUGUCAGACAUAUGAGAGACCCAUUGCCUUUACCUCAAGAUCGAGGAAACUCUGGAUUCAGUUCAAGUCAAAUGAAGGAAACAGUGGCAAAGGAUUUCAGGUCCCUUAUGUGACUUACGAUGAGGAUUAUCAACAACUAAUAGAAGACAUUGUUCGAGAUGGCCGACUAUAUGCAUCAGAAAACCAUCAAGAAAUUCUAAAGGACAAGAAACUGAUUAAAGCUCUCUUUGAUGUACUGGCACACCCUCAAAAUUAUUUCAAGUACACAGCACAGGAGUCAAAAGAAAUGUUUCCAAGAUCAUUUAUAAAGCUGCUGCGAUCGAAAGUUUCCAGGUUUCUACGACCAUACAAAUAGUCCAGUGGUAUUCAAUUUUUGGUUACUUCGCAUUCCUGUCAAAUAUUGUCCUUCCUCCAUAGUAGAAACAUUUGCUAAUUUGAAAGCUCUUUUUUGCAGUCUUUGCUGUCAAUUGUUAUUGAAGAACACCUAUGUUUUACAAUUGUCAAAAGUCAGUGUUCUGAAUGGGAUUCUUACUACCAAAAAAAAAAUUAUGCAUCCCUGAGUACAUCUAGUUGUAGAUCCAAAUUUGUGUCUGCACUAGUGUAUCCUCACUUUCCAUCUGAAAUCUCAUGAUGUAAAAAUAUUCUUUCUAGCAUUUUAUUUUUCAUCAACAAUAACUUUUGUCAAAGAAAGGAGGAAUCUAUUCAAAUAUGAUUAAACUACCUGCAGAUAAGUUCUGUUAUAGAAAGAAGUAUGUAGUAUAAAUAAUACCUGGAUUUUGAAUUGCACUUGAAGUUUAUAUUUGAAUCUUUAGAAGAAAACAAAACAAUCUAAAUUUUGUUAUUUCUCAUUUGUGGCUUGGUGGAACCUCUGUCCAAGUAGAAAUCAAAAAGGAAAAAAAAAAAAGAAGAAAAAAAAAGUAUAAUUUUGUUUUAUGAAUUACAUGAGAUUGAGUCCCAUGCCCUAAUGUCCGAAUGUUUUUAUCUGUCCUCUUAUAAACUUCUUCAGAGGUUUGCUACUGUCAAUUACUUAAUUGAAACAGAAUUAGCUCUGGAUUUCCAUGCCUCAGUUGGUCCCUUUAAAGACAUUUACAAUAGGAUAUGUGAGAAAUGAACAACAACACUAGUAGUCUUGGUUUUCUUUCCAUUAAGAGAGCAUCUAAUUAAGUACAAUAUAUAAAUAUAUAAAUAUAUACUUCUAUUUGUGGGUACAUUAGUAAUGUUAUCUCUAGUUACUGUAAAUAUUAUUCACGUUUAAAUCUUUACUCCCACACACCCUAUUUACUCAUAUCUAUAUGUAACUUUGUGUACACAAUUAAAUUACUUCUCCAAGUGCUUGUCACUUCCAUUAACACCCAACUGAAGACUUUUGAGGUUUUAUAAUACUGGAUAGCGGUUUCCUCUGGGACAAUCUUUUCCAAUAUGUAUUAUUCCAGGAAAAAUAGCAUCAGUGAAGAUGCAUGUUCUGCCCAGUAAAGGGUCAGCUGUUACCUCUUCCUUGGGAACCCUCCCUUGGAGACCAACAGCACACACGGCGGAGCUCAGCAAGGAGGAGCUGCUGCUGCUCCUGCUGUCCCUGAAACACUGGGAACACAACUGUGUCCAAGCCCCACAUUGGCAGGGGUGAACAGGACACAGGUUUGCAGAAGAGUUGGAGGGCAGGUUCUGUGUCAGAAGAGACCUGGCUCUCCCUUUUACCCCAAAUUUGUAGGCACAGUGCCCAUCAAGCACAGGGACUGCAGGACAGCUUCAGCCUUGUGCUCAGGCCCUGCUCACACAGCGACAGUGGGUUUGCCAUGAUGAUAAAUCCCCUGGGUUUCCUGCUGUUUCCUGGCACAGAAGCUAAAUCCAAUGAGAGAGGAGCCUUUUAUUUGUACCAGUAUUUCAGUCUCUUUCCCUUUCAGUCCCUUCCUCUUGUGUAUCAUUUCCCUUUUGACUCUGCAAGUUUAUUAAAUGGAGAAAUGAACUUUGCUGGCAGCAUCCUUUCAGAAAAAGACUAACAUACAGUUUUGCUUUGCUGGGUUUUUUUGUGGUUUUUGCCUGUCUGCUCUUUAGUUUAACACAUCCUUAGAUGUUCUCAAAGACAUAUAUUAGGGGCGGUUGUGGUUAUCUUCUGACACUUUUUUGUGUCCUUGAGCAAGUACUGCUUAAAUUUAUACAAUUGAUUUCUGUUGACGACAAGUGGUUGAAUAUUCCAUUUCUAUGAGAACACAACUAAAGUAUUCUGUUGAGUUUUUCUACUUAACCACCUUGUAAUUUUGCUUGCCUUCUUUCCUUUUCUGUUGGAGAAUAUAUUUUUUUUCUUUCUAUGCUUGAACAGCAUGACCUUAUAGUCUAACAAUUCUUUUUUUUUCCACCCAUGGAUCUCAAAUGUUUGGUGAGCUUUUUUUUUAAUAUAUACAUUAACCCUUGUUAAAAAAUAUCACUUCUCCAUAGAAUUCCUUUGUUAAAGCUUGUUAAACCUAACUUUUUCUUGAGGAUGUUAAAACUACUUUUAUUUAUUAUUCACCAAGGGUCACUAAAAAGAACAAAUUUUCUUAAUUUUUUGUUCAACAGUAGUCAUUUGUACAAAAAAAAAUUAAAAAGCAAAAAUCUUUUCAGGUACUCAUUUAUGCAGGACUAUAUAGCUAAAAAACUACUUUAGCCAAACUGUAGUUCAAAGUCUGAUAGGUUAUUCAGAGUUUUUUUCAGAUCCAUUAGAAUGAGUCAGGAUUGCAGCCAUUCUACUGAAAGAUAUGAAGCAAAAGGUAUGAAAAAUAUGGUAACAAAUAACUUCCUCAUUUGGCAAAUUAUUUGCAGUGAUCUUUAGUAUUUCAAACCUGAGUAAGCAAACUUCAGAACCUGGUACUGUACACUGAGUUUAGUAAAAUCCUUGCUAAAAUUUUUGUUUAACAACCAAUGUGUUUGGAUAGAAUACCAUUGUAUGACACUGAUGCCAGACUCCAGAAACCACUGGCAGCACCAUAACCAUUUUCCAGUUCUUAGCUCCAUGGGAAAUCCAGUGCCAGAGAGAAACCAUAAGAGGGACAUGUCCCCAUUCUGACCACUGGUAGUGGGACCUCAGUAGAGCUGUGAGAGGUGAAUACAGGUGAGAGAAAUCACAUUUGGCUCUGGUGCCCCUUGCCCUGACUUAAAACCACAAAAAGCAGGGUUUUGUCCAGUUCAUCCUCACAACAACAUGAGAAUGAGGCUGAUAUUCUCCACA